AUGUCACUCUUCGCGCGCGCGAAAGACCUAGCCUACAAUCCUGAUCACACAAGAUGGAUGACACCUCUCCUACUCAUUGCAGACGCCGCGCUCUCAGGCGUGAUAAUCGAGAAGAUACCCUGUUCGUGCUCUCCUGUCUUACUCUCACAAAACACCACGUGUCCUAACAACGAUGGCUUUUCAGAUACAGAGAUAGACUGGACAACAUAUAUGCAGCAGAUUUCCAUAUACCUUAAAGGCGAGCGCGACUAUAAGAACAUUGCUGGUUCUACAGGUCCGCUUGUGUAUCCUGGUGCGCAUGUAUGGAUCUACAAGCAUCUGUACAAGUGGACGGAUGAAGGGCGGGAUAUAGGCCUUGCGCAAUAUAUCUUCGCCGGUGUGUAUUUGCUUACGCUUGGUGUGGUGUUUCAAUGUUAUAGGAAGGCUAGAGUCCCGCCAUACAUCUUUCCGCUGUUGAUUUUGUCAAAACGUAUGCAUAGUAUUUUCAUGCUGCGAUGCUUCAACGAUUGCUUCGCGGUCUUAUUCUUUUGGUUGGCUGUUUACUGCUACCAGCGCAAUCAAUGGCAUUUGGGGAGUGCGCUGUAUAGCACAGGCCUGAACGUCAAGAUGAGCUUGUUGUUGCCAUUGCCCGCAAUGGGCAUUCUGAUGGUGAUGAAGUUGGGUGGGAGAGAAGCAUUGACACAGGCCAUGAUCAUUGUGCAGGUUUCAGUCUUAUAUGGCUACCCCUUCAGGAAGCGCGCACCCAGUUACUUUGCCCGCGCUUUCGAACUCAGCCGUGUCUUCCUUUACAAAUGGACCGUGAAUUGGCGCUUCGUCCCGGAAUCUACAUUCCUCUCCCGGCCCUUCGCUGUCGGCCUACUCGCUCUGCAUGUUGGCCUCCUCAUCUGGUAUGCCCGAACCCGCUGGAUCAAGCCCUCGAAGCGCAACGUCCGCGAGUUCCUCAAACUCUGUAUUCCAGCCAUAGAGCCCCGGGACCAAGACACCAUGUCCAGCAAGAUCACCCCGGACUUUAUCAUGACGACGAUGCUGACCGCGAUGACAAUCGGACUACUUUGCGCGAGGAGUUUGCACUACCAGUUUUACUCGUACAUUGCGUGGAGCACACCAUUCUUGUUGUGGAAAGCAGGUUUCAAUCCGGCCGUGGUAUAUGCAUUAUGGGGCGCGCAAGAGUGGGCGUGGAAUGUGUACCCGAGUACACCGGCGAGUUCGGCAACGGUUGUAGGCGUUCUGGCGAUCACAGUCGCGGGCGUGUGGUGGGGAACGAGGAAGGAUUAUGAAGGUGUGACGAAGGGCAUAAUCGAGGAGGAUCAUGAGCACGCCGAGUGA